AUGGGAGAUCCUGGACGUCUCACUCUUCCAUGUGAAUUUGGAAAUAACACAAAGACUUAUGCCUUAGACGAUUAUGGAUCUAGCAUAAAUCUAAUGCUUUUUUUGUUCUACCAAAAGCUAAAUCUUCCAGAUUUGAAGGUUAUAAGAAUGACAAUUCACAUGGCUAAUCGUUCAGUGACACAUCCAAGGGGCAUUAUGGAAGAUAUUUUGGUAAAAAUUGGGAAAUUUGUUUUUCCAAUUGACUUUGUCAUUUUAGAUAUGAAGGAAGAUGCAAAUGUCCCAAUAAUUCUUGGUCGCCCUCUGAUAAAUACUUCUAGGGCUUUGGUAGACAUUCGCGAGUCCAAAAUUACUUUGAGAGUGGGAGAUGAUGAAGUUACCUUUGGGAUAGAAGAUGGAUUUCAAAUGGUGAUGCUCAAGGUGAAGUCUUCAACAUUGAUAAAGAAGAUGAGCUUGAAGAAUUGGAAAAACUUAUGGAAGAAAAGAUUCAACAAGUAA